AUGGAUUCCUAUAAAACUUAGAUACUCGUUUAAAAACCCAACACCUCUCAGCUACACCAUGAUAGCAUGGUAAAGAGGCAAGAGUUAGAUCAGUAAUUCAACUAAGUUUUCAAGGUAAAAGAGCCCACCUACAGAAUGCUAGAUAGGAAAAAAGUCAAUGAGUUCUUCUAAGUAUGCUUUGAGGAUAAAAAAUAAAGCCCUAGGACUAUGAAAAAUAUCAGUAACAAUAAUUUCACAAGCAGGAAGUCAAUUUAGUAGAAUUUUGAUAAAGCCACCUUCAAAUAAGCAUUGAAAGAAAGGUCGUCAUCUCUACAGGAAUUAAUUGGUACUAGAAAUAAAAAUAAACAAGCAAAUAUGUUCAAGAUGAAGAAUAUGAACUAAAUUGAUGAAAAAAUUAUUGACACUCUGUCUAAUGAUGUCCUUGUCAAAAAUAUCAAAUAAAUUUCUCAAAGACUAUCAACUUAUAAAAAGGCAAGAGGAUUGAUAAAUCAGUUGAAUGAGGUAGAUCAUUACAACAUUGAAAACUUCAGUUCCUUUCGUAAAAUGAGCAGCCCCAAGAUAAUAAGCUACAUCUAAUCCAAAACCAAUUUACCCUAAUUGCUUACUAAUAACAGCACUACGCUAAAUCAGAAUUCUUUGACCUUAAAUGCAGGGACAGGCACUACUGGUCAUAGCUACCUCUAAACAUCUAUGGGCUAUCUCUCUCAUCGAAGCUUUUACCCUUCUGAAGAAUUUCAAAGAUCUGUAGAUAAUCGAUAACCGAUUGCUUAGAAGGUAAACGGAUAUGUGAAUUUUGGCUAGUUUGUAUCAAGAGAAAAAACUUCUUAUCUCGCUCAGGUAGGCACUGAGCUAGAGCAAUAAGCCAAUCGCAAAAAAGAAAAGAAAGAUGUCAUGAAAAUUAGGAAUUUUAUGCAGAAUUAUUAGAAUGAGCAGGCAUCCCUCACUGCCUAUCAAUCUCCAGGAAGCUAUACGAGCAGAUAGCAGAUAUAAAACAUGGCUGCUAGCACUGCAGUUCCUAAUGCAGCAAAUAUACCGAUUCUUAGUUCAGGUCAAGCUUUAAGUCAAUAGGUUAAAAUUGAAUAGCUGUCAAACUAACUAAGAGAUAAAAUAUUUGAUGUAAAAAGGACCAAGAGAAAUUCUGGUUUAAAUAAGAAAAAGUCGAGCAAAGCUUAAAUUCAGGGCGAUUAAUACGAAUUUGAUAUUUAAAGUGAACAGAUAAAUCUAAAAGACUAGGUAGUUGAUUAGAGUCUUGGCCUUUCCAGAUAACUCACUCACCUUAAAUCUAAAUGCUUCAAAAUCAACAUUUGA